AUGAUCUUCCUUGCUUACACUAUAAGAACUACUAUAACGAACAGAGUCAAGUCGCUCGUCUUACUUAGGCAGAAUCUCAGUGUAGAGAAAGUGGUAGAUUGUGUAUUAUCUCAUAUAAGGAAAGAUUCCACGCCACGCAAGCCUUACAAUUCCAACCCUGACAUCAAUAAAUCAGGUGAGCCUAGCAAUAUGACUACUCGUAAGCAUAAACACGACAACGACUUCUCAGAGGCUCUCAAUAAUUUUACCUCAGAGAUACGUAGAACUUUACGUGACUGGAAAAAGGAAAUUCAAGAUGAAAUAUCAGGAAUUAAAAAUAAUUUAGACUUCGUAUUAAAAACCGAUCUUGAAAAACUAAAUGCAUCCUUUGCUGAGAUCAUGUCGGAACUAAGCAGCGUCCGUCAGGAAUAUCACGAGAUUAAAAAGUCGGUCAUAUCUCUUGACCUAAAGUACAACGAGACAAUGAAGCAAAUCACAGUUUUAGAAAACUCUGUACAAUUCAAUUGCGACCAAUAUGACCAUGUUCAAAAGAAAAUGGAAUUAUUAUCUGUUAACAAAAAAGCAAUCGAAUCACUAGAAUCUAAAAUGGACUUAUUGACUAACGAAAACAGACUAUUACAAUUGGAAAUUAACACAAAUAAUCAAAGAGAUCGCCUUUUGAACUUAGAGAUCGUCGGCGUUCCUGAAAUCAAGGAUGAAGACUUAACCAAUUUAAUUAUAUCCAUUGCUAAGCAGUCUAAUGUAACUAUUUCCCCUAAUGAUAUAUUAGAAGUUAAUCGUGUCACACCGAAAAUCAAACAACAGGGCCGCCCGAAAAAUAUAAUUGCAAAGCUUAAAUCCCGUCUCCUAAAGGACAACAUAAUCUCUGGCACUCGAAAAAACCGACUGACCACCAAAGACCUUGCCAUACAUGGCAGCGUUCGUCCCGUAUAUGUCAAUGAGCAUCUUACACAGUUCAAUAAACUUCUACUAAAGAAAUGUAGGGAGACGGCGAAACUUAAGCAGUAUCAAUAUAUAUGGACAAAAAACGGGAGGAUCUACGUCAGGAAGAACGACACAUCUCCGGCUUUACAUAUAUCACAGGAAAGAGACGUUUUAAAAUUAAUUUAA